AUGUCAUUGAAAUUGGAAGAAGGUGGGGCAACAGCUGAAGCAACAGAAGUUGACAAUGAGACGCUUAAUCAGCUGAAUGCCGCUUUUCUUGCAAGCGUUGUCAAGGCAGUUCCUGAAAUAAAGACAGAUCCAGAAUGUUUGGACUUUAACUAUCAAUUGAUACAAGAAGUGAAGAGACGGCCAUGUUUAUACAAUAUGAAUGAUGAUACAUAUAAUAACAAUCAAAUGAGAGCUGCAAUGUGGAUCGAGAUUGCUCAAAAGUUUAACACUUCAUCAGAAUUUGUGAAAACUCGAUGGAAGACAAUGAGAGAUCGAUACAAAAAAGAAGAAAAAAGAUGGAAAGCCGGAAAACACACGAGUUGGAGCUUCUUCCCUCAAUUACAUUUCAUCUCACCAUAUUUGCGAGCGAGAUAUCCCCAUGACCCGGUGGAUUGCCAACAAUCAGAUGAGGAAGGAUCACCUCAACCUACAAUUACUUUAGAAACCCUAUUGGCCACAGCUAAAGCAUCAGAAGAAGUCAGAGUUGAGGCUUCAUCAAGAAAAAGGCAAAGGCCAGCUGAUGACAAAGAGGAGUUGGCAAGAGUGGAACCCUCAGUGCCUUCUCCACUUUCAAUCAACACAGCCUCAUCUCCAUUGGGGCUUCUCGGUGGUCAAUCCACCCCGAUUUCUCUUGGUUCAACGGCUUCGUCAUCUCAUCCAAUGUUAAAUCCUCGUGUUGACCAAAUUCAACGAGAUUGUGGCAUUCCCCAAUUAGCUCCACCUGUUUGGAAUAGAUUACAAGAUGAAGAGGCUGAAAUCUUUGGGCAUAUGAUUGCUAUGAAAAUCUCGAAGUUGCCGCCAAAGCUGAAAGAAAAAGCAAAGAUUCGUCUAUGGACUGUGCUUUUUGAUAUUGAAUUCGGCUCAGAAAAUGGCGGAGGAUCAAAUUGU